UCUUAAAAAAAAAAUAUUUUUUUCCCCCUUGCUUUGCAAAAAUAACCAUCGCCCCGCCGCCCCCCAGCUCCCCUCAUCCCCGUCACCCCCGCGGUGCAUGAGGCCGGGCCGGGCCAGGCCCGGUUCUCCCACCGCCGCCCCGGAACUCGCCGCUGGCGGCCGCGGGCCCCUGUCUCCGGCCCCGCGUGGGGGAGCGCGGCCCGGCCUGGCUCCCGGUACGCGGAAGCCGGAGCAUGGGCCCCGGCAGCGGGACCGAGCCGGAGAGAACGUAAGCGCUUGCCGGGGACACUUUGACGUUGCCUGUGGCCUUUGGGAGGGCUUUUAUUAUUAUUAUUAUUAUUAUUAUUCGGCUUUUAAUUUUUUUAAUUAUUUUUGAGGGCAACGAUUUUUUUUCCUCCACCGUCGGCUGGGUGGAAAACACACGUUUUAGAACAAAAUACAAAAAAAAAAUCCCACCCUCUUUGCUUUGCUUUCCGCAGCAACUUGGAAGCCCGUUAAUUGCACUUGGCUAUGGAUGAGUUCCACCCCUUCAUCGAGGCGCUGCUCCCCCAUGUCCGGGCCUUUGCCUACACCUGGUUCAACCUGCAGGCCCGCAAGCGCAAGUACUUCAAGAAGCAUGAGAAAAGGAUGACAAAAGAUGAGGAGAGGGCAGUAAAGGACGAGCUGCUGAGUGAGAAGCCAGAGGUGAAGCAGAAAUGGGCCUCGCGCCUCCUGGCCAAGCUGCGCAAGGACAUCCGGCCCGAGUGCCGCGAGGACUUUGUGCUCUCCAUCACGGGCAAGAAGCCCUCCUGCUGCGUCCUGUCCAACCCCGACCAGAAGGGCAAGAUGCGCCGCAUCGACUGCCUGCGGCAGGCCGACAAGGUGUGGCGGCUGGACCUGGUCAUGGUCAUCCUCUUCAAAGGGAUCCCGCUGGAGAGCACCGACGGCGAGCGCCUGGUCAAGUCAGGCCAGUGCACCAAUCCCAUCCUCUGUGUCCAACCCCACCACAUCAGUGUCUCUGUGAAGGAGCUCGACCUCUACCUGGCCUACUUUGUUCGGGAGAGAGAUGCAGAGCAGAGCAGCAGCCCUCGGACAGGCAUCAGCUCGGACCAAGAGGACAGCAAACCCAUCACGCUGGAUUCAACAGACUUCCAGGAAAGCUUUGUCACCUCAGGGGUGUUCAGUGUCACUGAGCUCAUCCAGGUGUCCCGAACACCGGUGGUGACAGGCACGGGGCCAAACUUCUCCCUGGGGGAGCUGCAGGGCCACCUGGCCUAUGACCUGAACCCCUCCAGCACUGGCAUGAGGAGGACACUGCCCAGCACCUCCUCCAGCGGGAGCAAACGGCACAAGUCGGGGUCCAUGGAGGAUGACAUUGACACCAGUCCUGGGGGCGAGUACUACACUUCCUCCAACUCUCCCACCAGCAGCAGCCGCAACUGGACAGAAGACAUGGAAGGGGGCAUCUCCCCCACCGUGAAGAAGACUGAGAUGGACAAGUCCCCUUUCAACAGCCCGUCCCCACAGGACUCCUCUCCCCGGCUGAGCAGUUUCACACAGCACCACCGUCCUGUCAUCGCAGUGCACAGCGGUAUCACUCGAAGCCCUCACCCGUCGUCUGCUCUGCAUUUCCCCACCACCUCCAUCCUCCCCCAGACAGCCUCCACCUACUUCCCCCACACGGCCAUUCGGUACCCGCCUCAUCUCAACCCGCAGGACCCGCUGAAAGAUCUCGUCUCGCUGGCCUGCGACCCGUCCAACCAGCAGCCCGGACCGUUAAAUGGAAGUGGUCAAGUGAAAGUGCCCAGCCACUACCUGCCCACGCAGAUGCUGGCGCCGCCACCUCCCCCCGGCAUGCCCCGCUUGGCCGUCUCUCCUGACACCAAAUCCACCACGACAACUACCGAGGGAGGGACGACCUCACCGACAUCACCCACCUACUCUGCACCAGGCACGCCCCCUGCGAACCGUUCCUUCGUGGGAUUAGGACCAAGGGAUCCUGGGAGUAUCUAUCAGGCACAGUCCUGGUACCUGGGAUAACCACCGCCGUGCCGCCCCUUCGCUUCCCUUCUCCUCUGCUUUAGGCACCCCCAGAGGAACAUCCCUGUCCUCGAGCACCAGGCCCAGCCUUGCGGUGACAACGGAGAGUGAAGACUCAUGACGACGAUGACAACAAGCAAAACCCACAGCCGAAGGAAUGAGCGAGGGAAAGGAAGAUGGAAAAGGGUCAAACUGUUUUGAAAAGGAAAAACAAACAAA